AUGGUGAUCCUAUUUUUUUUUUUAUUUAAAAAAAAAAAAAAUAAUUAUAUUUUUAUAUUUUAUUAAAAAAAAAAAAAAAAACUUAUCUUACAAAAAAAAAAAUAGCAAUUAAAAAAAAACUACGAAAAAGAACUUCAAUAAAAAAAAUAAUAAGCACUAGAAAAGCUUUAAGAAUAAUAAGACUUAGAUGAAUUUGAGGUACAACCUACCAAAAAAAUUCUAUCAAAUUUAACAAAAGGAAAAUCCCAAUAAGAAGAAAUAACUGAAAUAAGAAAAGAUUGUCCAUAUAUAUCAACAAUUAAAAGACAUAUGUUAGAUUUUGAUUUUGAAAAAUUAUGUAGUAUUUCACUUGCAAAUUUAAAUGUUUAUGCAUGCCUUAUUUGUGGAAAAUAUUAUCAAGGACGUUGCAAAAAUACAAAUGCAUAUUUACAUGCCUUAGAAACAAAUCAUCAUAUGUAUAUAAAUUUACAUAAUGCAAAGGUUUAUUGUCUUCCAGAUAAUUAUGAAGUUUAAGAUUAAAGUUUAAAUGAUAUAAAAUAUAAUUUAGCACCAACAUAUUCAUAAGAAUAAAUAAAAAAUUUAGACACAUUAAAACCUAGUUCAAAAGCACUUAAUGGAAUUGAUUAUAUACCAGGUUUUGUUGGAUUAAAUAAUAUUAAAAUGAAUGAUUAUGUUAAUGUUAUUAUUUAAGCCUUAUGUAGAGUUCCUUUGUUAAGAGAUUAAAUUAUUUUGUAUAAUAAUACUGUUAAUUAAGAUGUUUUCGAUCUCAAGACUUUACUUUCGAAAAGAUUUUCCAAUUUAAUAAAAAAAAUUUGGAAUCCGAAAAACUUUAAAGGAUAGGUUUCUCCACAUGAAUUAUUAUAAGCUAUAGUUCUAAAGAGUAAUAAGAAAUUCAAUAUUAAUUUAUAAAGUGAUCCAAUUAAAUUAUUAUGUUGGCUACUUAAUUCUAUCUAAAUUGAAUUAAAAGACACACACUUUUCUGAUCUUAUUGAAAAUUGUUUUAAGGGAGAAGUUGAAGUUCAUACUUAUAAACCAUUAUAAAAUUAAAUUGGAUAUUCAAGUGUUCCUAAAAUAGAAGCAAUGUCAUUUAUUUAUUUAACUUUAAAUAUUCCUCCUCCUCCUUUACAUAAAGAUGAUAGUUUGAAAAUAAAUAUUCCAGAAAUGCCAAUAUUUAACUUGUUAAAAAAAUUCGAUGGUGUAACAACUUAUGAUAAUCCUAAAUUUAGAAAAACUUAUAGGAUAAAAAAAUUACCAAAAUAUCUUAUUUUACAUAUGGAAAGAUUUACUUUUAAUAAAUAUUAUUUAGAAAAAAAUCCAACUAUAGUAAGAUUUCCAUUAAACAAUUUAGAUCUUAAAGGAUGUAUAUAUAAAAAUAUAAAUAAAGUUUAUAUAUUAUUUCAAUAAAAAGAUGUCGAUGAAGGAUCCUGUACUAAAUAUAAUUUAUUAGCAAGUAUUUGUCAUGAAGGUCCAACUAAAAAUGGAAUAUAUAAAAUUCAUGUAAGAAAUAAAGCAAAUAAUUAAUGGUUUGAAAUUUAAGAUUUAUAUAUAACUUAAGUUAUUCCAUAAAGAAUUAGCGUUUCAGAAGCAUAUAUAUAAAUAUAUGAAAGAAUAGAAGAAGGAUUUGAAAUCUAGAAUUGA